AAUCGACGUGGCAGUUCUCUACGUUUGUUGGGCUCAUUCAAAUAAAACGCAUGCCAUGAAGAAAUUAAAUUCAGAUAACAUUUCAUUAUCAUUUCGUGGCACUAACGACUUCAAAGACCAUUCGGCGUUGACAAACGUGUUAAGCUUGCCAUAUAAUUCAAAUAAGCUGGGAAUAAUCAUGGAAUGGUCGUGUUUUUCAAAUGAUUAUUACUCUUAUCAAUUUGCAGCCAACGCGUUGUGGAAUUCAAGUUAUCAUUGGCUUGUGAUCAUGAACGAUUAUAACGAUCAAGAAGUGGCUAGUUUCGUGAAAAUGGUGAAUUUUGGUUUAAACUUUGAUAGUGAACUGAUGUUGGUUUCCCCUAGUGAGCCAAAAACGUUUUAUGACGUUUACCGGACUGCUGCCGAGCCUAGAGGAACGUUGAUCGUCGACGUCUUGAAUGGGACAUCUUAUGGACGAUGGGUUAACCAUUUGUGGAAAUAUGACCGCAGAACAAAUUUGCAUAAUUUGACCUUACACGCAGCGUUUGUGGCACGUGAACCAUUUUUGAAUAAUUAUAAAACUCGUUAAUUACAAAAAUGUUUUGUUUUUAGGUCAAUCUUCGUAGUAUAAACAAUAAAUCUGACACCAAGGAAAUAAUAAAACACUUAAAAACGUAUGAUUUAAAUCAACUGGAUACAAUCCCAAGAUACUCGUAUGCAAUCUUUGAACCACUACUGACUAUGUUUAACUUCCGAACGACUAUUACUGUGACUAAUUCUUGGGGCGAAGUUAUCAACGGCAGAUGGAAUGGUCUUGUCGAAACAUUGUUGACCGGUAAAACCGACUUGACUGCUAUUGCUGCGAUGCGAGCAGAAAGAUUGAAAGUAGUCGACUAUUGUUCGGUAGCAUCUUAUGAAUUCUACCCAGGGUUUAUAUUUCGGCACCCUCGUUCUGGCAUAUCCAAUGUGUUUUUUAAGCCGUUCGACACUUACGUUUGGUUCAGCUGUGUGGCCAUUUCAUUAGCGAUAACCAUGACGUUUUAUGCCAUAGUGCGUUCUGAAAACAACAUUAUAUCUUCGAACAUUAACUCUUUGACGACGGCUGUCCUCAUCAGUAUCGGCGCUACUUGUCAGCAGGGCUCGAGCGAGCAGCCUAAAAAAUUCUCUGGAAGGCUGAUCUUUGUCAUGAUGUUUCUAUUCUCGACGAUAUUGUACCAAUUCUAUUCGUCUAGUAUCGUGGCCAGCUUAUUGGUUACUCCUGUCAAGAGCAUAAACACCAUCGAGAAAUUGGCCAACAGCGGGCUGGACGCAGGCGUAGAAGACAUGGCCAACCUCCGAGCCCUUAUUGAGAAAGCUGCCGCGAACAACACGAUGGUGCAAAAGAUCAUAAACGAAAAGAUUCAUCGCCCGGGUAGAGCACCCGAGUAUGUUUUGCCGGCGGAAGGUGUUCGGAAGAUGCAAAAGGAAAGAUACGCUUUUUUCACGGAUCCCGCGUCCACGUAUUGGUUGAUAAAUAGUUUGUUCACCGAAGAGGAGAAAUGUGAUCUAACUGAAAUAGCGACCGCCAGAGAGAUAGGCAGCCAAAUGUUGAGGAAGCGAUCUCCGUACAAAAAACUUUUUUCUUACGGCAAUGUUGUUUUACUGGAAACGGGCAUCAUUCACCGGGAAACCCAAAAAUGGAGAGCCAAAAGACCCAAGUGCAACGAUGGAAAAUCGCAAACCGACCAAACGGCCGGGGCAGACGUUUCGCUGCACGACGUACUACCCGUUCUAACGUUAUUGUUUUGUGGCAUAGUCUUAGCCAUCGUGAUUUUUAUAAUAGAAAUUAUUGUACACCGAUUCAAAACUCUAUUCUCUUCUAAUUGUUUGGCAUUAACAGAUUUCAAUACUCAAUAUGAGCUGAUCGAAGAGUUUUUAAUUAAGAAAUCACUAAAUACAGCUGUGUUUUUCACUUGUUGGACGGAAUCAAACAGGCUACAGGUAAUGAACAAUUUAAACAGACUACACUAUGUCGCAAUAUCAUUUCAUGCUCCAGCAGACUUGGUAAACUUUUCAUAUGAAGAAAGAGAUAAUUUGAAUAAUGUAUUAUCAAUCUCAAUAUCGUCUCCCAUAUUAGGAGUUGUGAUUGAUUGGAAUUGUUUGAAGAACGCGUCAUUCGAGUUUGUAGAGAGACACUAUUGGAAUUCAAGUUAUCACUGGCUGAUGUUAAUGGAUCUAAAUGCGAACGAUGGUAUUGAAUAUUUUCUAAGUCACCACAACAUUAGUCUAACGGUAUACAGUGAAGUGAUUUUGGCAUAUCCAAUCGAACGGACAUUUGAUAAGGACGGUUAUAAAUGGCGGCUAUACGAUAUCUAUCGGACAGCUUACGAACCCAGAGGCCAACUCGUGAUCGAUGAACUGAAUAGGAUCGCUGGAAAAUGGGGACGUCGGUCAUGGAAAUACGAUAAGAGAUCGGAUCUGAAAAAUUUAACACUAAAUGCUAUCACAUUAGUCAAUACCAAUGCAACAUUAGUUCAACCGUCCAAGGAAGAACUCAUUUAUUUUUUGACUACGUACAGCACAGAUCGAUCGUAUUCAGUUCAGAGAUUUAGUUAUGCCAUAAUGUACCCUUUGACGAGGAAUUUGUUGAAUAUGACAAUGAAUCUAAUCCAUACGGAUAAGUGGGGCUACAUGGUUGAUGGUAAAUGGGAUGGACUAGUAGGAGCUCUUCUUAGCGGCGAAGCAGAUUUUUCGGUUUGCCUGAACGCCAUAAGAACAGAACGGUUAGAUGUAACAGAUUAUUCGUCGGUGUCAACUUGGAAGCACGAUCCUUGCUUUAUAUUUCGCCAUCCACGGUCCACCGAUAAUAUAAACAUAUUCGUGCGACCGUUUGAGCGGCAGGUUUGGUUUUGUAUAAUCGGCAUAAUGAUCAUCUCAGCUGGUGUCUACUACAUAAUUAAUCGUUUUCAAUCGGACGAUUCUGAAGUCACGCUAAAAAUAUGGAGUGAUAUUGUGCUGCUUAAGGUAGCCACUCUGUGUCAACAAGGUUUAGUCGUAGAGUCGCCGAAGCUCAGCAACAGGCUAAUCAUUCUUCUAAUGUUCAUAUUCAGUAUGGUAAUUUAUCAGUUUUACUCGUCGAGCAUAGUAUCAGGACUGCUGCGUCCGACCACAAAGAAUAUUGAUACGGUGAAAAAAUUAGAAGAAAGCGGGAUGGACUUUGGCAUCGAGAACUGGUCUAUACUCAAAAUAUUAAUGAACGUUAAGAGCGAAAAGAAUCCUUAUUUGAAAAAAAUCGUCGACACAAAGAUAAAUCCCACAAACGAAUAUAUUACACCCAAAGCUGGCGUGGAAAAAUUGAAAAAAGGCAAUUAUGCUUUUUUUACCGAUCCGGCGGUUAGUUAUUUUUUCAUUAACGAUAUCUUCACUGAAAAGGAAAAAUGCGAUUUGUCGGAAUUGUUUAUCAGCAGACCCGAAGUGACCGGAUUUCUCAUUCAAAAACGAUCACCGUAUAAAAAGCUGAUUUCGCACUCACAUAGCGUUUUGCUCGAAACUGGACUGGUCGACAGGGAACUGAAAAACUGGCACGCCAAGAAGCCGCAUUGUGUCAAAGGGAAAAGAAUUACCGAAGAAUCUCUGGUCAGCGUGGAAUUCAAAGACAUAACAUCAAUUUUAGCAUUCUUAUUAUUCGGUGUUAUCGUUUCGUUAAUUAUUUUUACUUUGGAAAUCAUUGUGCAUCAUUUGAAAACUAAAAAUAAAAAGCACGUCAAUUACUAUUAG